GGAGGAGACGGUGCGCAUUUCUCCAUUUCUCUCCUCCGAAGUCAGUUUCCUGGAGGGACACCGUUGUCUUCCCGCGUCCAUCGACACGACAGGGUUUCGUAACCACAGCCUGUUUACUUGGAGCGCGACCAGGUCGUCCGCGGCUCCAGAAGGCGACACCGCAUCUCGCUGUGUGGAGUCGAACCCGCGAUCCGCAGCCAGAGACGCAAACACGGAAUAUCGGACGGUUUUCAAGUUUUCCUGGAAGUUGCGCAGUGACAGCAGAUGAUGAGGAUUUGUGGCUGUCUGGCGGUGCCGGGGAAAUGCCUCGUCCUCCUCGGACUUAAAUUGUUAUUACUUGUACCUGCAGGAGUUCCAGCCAGGAGCGGGGACUCUGUAUUAAAGGACAACAUCACCGUGAGACAGGGGGACAGCGCCGUCUUAAAAUGCAACGUGGACAGCAAAGUCUCACGAGUGGCGUGGCUCAAUCGCACCACCAUCCUCUUCGCAGGAAGUGAGAAGUGGUCUCUGGACCCCCGCGUCAUCCUGAUGGAAAACACAGCAGUCACCGAGUACAGCAUCAAGAUCCAGAAUGUUGACGUCCACGACGAAGGGCCCUACGUCUGCUCCAUCCUCACAAACAAGAAGCCAAAGUCCACUAAAGUGCAUCUCAUCAUUCAAGUACCCGCCAGGAUCACUAACAUAUCGAAGGACGUCACAGUGAAUGAGGGCAGCAACGUCAAUCUCAUGUGCCUGGCGGUCGGUCGACCUGAGGCCAACGUCAUAUGGAAGCAUCGUUCGCCAAGAGGCACUCAUAAGUUUGUGACGGAGGGGGAACAUCUGGCGCUGAACGCCAUCACCAAAGAGCAGUCAGGAUCCUAUGAAUGCAUUGCUUCUAAUGACAUUUCAAGCCCUGAUGUCAGGACGGUUCAAGUCACAGUCAACUAUCCUCCCUUCAUCUCUAAAGCUAGGAGUACGGGUACUCCGGUUGGACAAAAAGGAAUCCUGCAAUGCGAAGCCUCCGCCGUCCCCAGGGCGGAUUUUGAGUGGUACAAAGAAGACCGCAGGCUCUUCAACGGACUAAACAGGGUUAAAAUAGAGAAUCAAGGUAAACAGUCGAUGCUCGUCUUUUUCAACGUCUCGGAAGAAGACUACGGAAACUACACUUGUGUCGCCGUGAACACCAUGGGAAUUACUAACGCCAGCAUAAUCCUUUAUGGUAAGAACAGCAACGAGUGGAAAAGUAACACCCUGAGGGCCUGGUGCGAUGCACGAUGUGAACGGAGCCGCCGUGUUGCCCCGCCCCUCCGUAUGCCUGCUGCUGACCGCGACCUCACUCUACCUACUGAAGUUCUAGGUUUUAAAUGUGACGACCGUCAAGCUUCUCUCAUUUUCUUCUCGUAUUGAGCAGCAAGAACAGACUAUUAGUCCUGUAUGAGGAGAAUGGAAAUUUAAGAGUGCCAGUGGCUCACCCUUAGUUUUCUUUCUGACUUUGCAUCAGAGUCUGUUCUCUGUUAGCUCGACAAGAGAGAUAGAGAGGGCUCAAUCCGAGCAAGGGAAAAAUGUAAAUCAUGCACUAAUUUGAUGAUGGUAGAACUACUGAGUUUGUGACCCUUGCCCCCCCACCCAAAAAAAAUCACCUUUUUGUAUGUGAAGAGGGAAAAAAAGAAAAAUACAUGUAAAUGUUGAUAGUUGACUGUUUAUUGCCCAAUAUUGAAGUGUACACUCAGAUUAUUAUUAUAGUGUGAUGUCCUGUUCAAUAUCUGUACAAUACCAUUAAGCUUUUUUAAGUAAACAACAACAACAAAAGAAAAAAAAUGCAACGUGAUUGUGGAAUUUUACUGUAUUUUUACAGUUGUAUGCAAAACAGAGUAACAGAUCCUCCAUGAUUAACAGUUCUGAAUUAAAUUAGUACACCAUGAUUUCUCAGGCAAAGUCCUACAGCAUAGUGCAUCCACAUUUUGAUUUCCAUUGUACGGUAGUGUUUGUAGAAAAUGUACACAUGUGUACAGAUAUUCCUGCACUGUUGUUUUUUUCAGAAGGCCCACACGGCAUAAAUGGCAUUUUUUAAACACCUAAUUGUGACGUCGUAGCAGCUUCACGGCACAUUCCCAUCACCGUAGUUUACAGAAAACCUGAACCCAGAUGUCCGACAUUCACACAAAGAGUCAUUCUGGACGGAAGUGUUGGUCAGCGUGUUGCUUCGUUUACUACAGUGACAAAGUGAACGGUGCCGAUGACGUCAUCGUAACUGUCUAAUUAGCAGCAUGGCACUCAACUGACUUCUCAGCUCCUGCUACAUUUUAUUCUUGAAAUUCAAUAUUGUCAUCCACCUGAUGUUUGUUUGGGCUUUAGUCUUGUUUUUAAGUUGCAACUAGCAUGAUACACACUCAUGGAGAGUUAUCUAAAAAAGGGCAAGAGUACAAACAUGUUUGAUAAAUAGUCUUUUAAGUUUCUCAGGCAGCCACAGUGGUUGUAAAGGUUCCCUGUUGGCUCCUCAUGGGUUUUUAUGAAAUUGAGGCUUUUGUUGGUGCACGAAUCAUAAGUUUUUCUUUUCUUGUCUCAUUGCACAAACACAUUUUACUCAAUACUUUAUAAUCCUCCUUAAAAUAUUCCUCAAAUAUCUCUGAAAAGGAAGUCAGUAAGAGUUCACCAUCAAUAAGUGAGAUUGGAUAGAGCUACUUGAAAGACGUUAUCUUAUGAAGUAAAAAAGCACACCAGAGUUUGAGAUUUUUUACUUCCCUGUUUUAUAUUUUAACAAUAUUAAAAGUCUAAACAGUGACUCGCAAUGGUGUAAUGUAACAGUACAUUUACUCAAGUACUGUACUUAAAUACAAAUUUGGGGUAUUUUUACUUUACAUGAACAUUUUAACACAAUAAUUAUCCUUCCACGUGUCAGUGGUAAAUAUUAUUCUCGCUGCAUUUCAGAUAACAGUCUUUAAUCCUGUUCUCUAAUUUAAUCCCCUUCCUGUCCACUCAACUCCAUGUGUUGUUCAUGUGUUGCAAAAAUCCUCCUCCGUCCUCAGCCACUUGGAUCAUCUGGAAAACGCAUCUUCACAAAGAUGAAAACAGGCCGUUUUUCUUGAGAGAUACAUGGUUCUCACCGGAAAGCGAAGCUACAUACAUAUGAUCAUUUUAUAGAGUAUGAUGCAUUGAUGUAGUUCAAACUGGCCAACAGGAUAUAAAGGGGUUCCAAUGCAACAUACAAAUGAAUGCAGCAGUAUUUAUCCAGAAACAUCAUAUAUGACAGUAAAAACAUUUGACUAAUCUUUUACUUUAAGAAAUUCAAGUGCAUUCUGCUGAUAACAAUUACAUAGUAAGGUUUUGAAUGCAGGACUUUUUUUUCAUAGUGUGGAAUUAGUAUUUUUACUUAACAUGUCUCUUUACAAUAUCCAGAGCACUACUAAAUCAGCAAUGUAAAGCUAAUGUCUACAUGAGCAGAGAAUGAAGUCGCUCUCAGAUCUUCUCCUUGCUUCGUUAGCCGCGUGUCUUUUAAUCCAUGUUAGUGCACACGAGCAUUUCCCACUGGUUAGCCCACUGCCGCCGCUCUGCUGUCAUACGGCGUUUACAGCUGACGACGCUGUCAUGAACCAUGGCGUCGACCUCCGGGUCAGCUCCGUCAGCACUAAUGUUAGCCCUCUUCCCGCUGUUAGCAAAAGCUAGCGGCCAGCCGCUCAGUCAGUCAUGUUGAGAGCUUUGUGGAGGCAGUAGAUAUGCUUGGUAAUCUACAUCGAGCUCAGAAGUCUCCAUGGAACUUCUUUAGAGACCUGAUUUUGGAGAAAGAAUGCUGGUAUUUGAACGUAACACUCAAACAAACCAAUAUUUCUGCUCACACACAGAACACACAGGUGGUGGAAUAUGAGUCAAUAAUUACAAUAAUUAUUGUUAUGGUUAACAAUGUAUGGCUAACAAUGUGUGGUAACACACAUCAAAAGCAUGCCUUGUUACCCCUCAACAACACUAAAACACAUUGUGUAUUGGGAUUGCAUCUCGAGCAUUAAAUCAUAUGGAUUAGGAUGACCAAAAACAGUGGUACAUUCCUUUAAUCAGCUUCUUCACAUACUGUAUUUAAAACAAGUAAAAUCAAGCUCUGUCAAUCAACAAAAACAGCUGUUUUAUCCUGUUUAUCAUGUAGUUAGUUCAACGUGAUGUGAUGAGAAGCUCUUUCAAUGUAAAUACAAUCCCGAUUGCCGCUUCAAAGCUGGCACACAUGAUUCAAGGCUAGAGCCCGAGCUCGCACCGAUCUCUGCCCCAAGCAUAGCUCUGUUCUGACUUAUCCCCAUCCCUUCACACUAAAGGAUCACCUGUGUGCUUUAAUUUUCUUUUUUCAUCAUUGUGUUUGUAUGUUUUAACUACUUUUUUUUCCUAUCCAUGUUAUAUCAAUUUUAUUUUGAUAGAGCCACGCCAGAAAGAGACACUAGCUAGACUUUUUCACGAGUGACGAGAUAGUGGUGUCAACCUGAAUGAUGGUGAAUGUCCUGUGUAGCUGCUAUGAAGCUUUUUUCCAGGUGUUAUGAAUGUGUGCUUUUAACUUGGUUUGUCCCGAGGUAAACAGACACUGGUCUCAAGACUGCAGAAGUGAUUGUUGUUCUCUGUUGUCAGUAGAUGCAAUUUCAAGGGACAUUUUCUAAGUCUGCCUGGGACAGACAUGUCCAGUGAUGAGAAUAUACUUAAAGCACAAGUGAUUAAUAAUGUGAUGUUCUGAUAUUGUCCAGUUCACUCCUGUGCAUACAUAUGAGUAAGAAGUGUGUUGAAGGCAAAACAGGGACGAGGUCGAUGUUUGUGGGAAUGCUUUUGUUGUACUCACAUGUUAAGUUCUGUGCUUGUAAAGAUGGUGAACCAGUAGGCUGCAGACGAUGCCACAGGGACAAGAUUUCAAUUUUUCGGGGGUUUGCAAAAACACAGACAGAUGAGAUUCCGAGUUUGAAAAACUAAAGUUUAACGUUAUUGUAACCCUUUCCAUCACAUAUAGAUUACCUUUGAUACGUAUUGAUGUCAAUGAGCUUAAAUCAAAUUUGUUGCAAAUCCCCAUUAAAGAGAACUGAUACUGUAAUUUACUUUUUUGCAUAUGUCACCAUAAACAAAAAUACAAGUGGUGUUUUAUUUUCUUUAUUCUUCCUUUUUUAUGUUUUAAGGAUUGUAGAUUUAUGCAUUUCACAUUAUCUAGAAUUCUUCUGAAUGCAUAAUUCUCUGGGCAUUUUAAAGUUUACAUCUUUCAAAUUCACUUGUCGUUCAUUUGACUUUGGAUAUCAGCUCUUUUUGUGUGUUUUUUCUUUUUAACGGUUGAUUUUACGAUGUAUGAUCUCAUUGACUGCUGCAUUGAUGACCUGAUUAAUUUGUUUUCUGACCUUACUGGAAGUUCAACAUAGGUAGUCACUCUUGUGGUAUAUAGUCAUCGUAUCAUUUAUUUGAGAGAUUGCAAAAAUGUCCAUAAACUGGUUAAAUGUGAA